GAACAUAUCGUAAGUACGUUUGGUUGGUACAUUCGGUUGAUCUCGGUAUUACUCGGAAAAUAUCGUUUUUCACGAGGAUUCACAUUUCUUAGUGUGGCAACUUUUGAAAACAAAUUACUUAUUGUAAGAAAGAGAAACACAAGUGAUUAAAAGGAAAUGGGACUUUUAUCCGAAGGAAGUCCACUUAGUUGGGAAGAAACGAAAAAAUUGUCGGAUCAUGUGCGAAAGCAUGGGAUCAUACAAUUUAUUAAUAUAUAUAAGAAACUCAGAGAUAGACAAGGUGAUGUACUCAAGUGGGGUGAUGAGGUAGAAUACUUAUUAGUAAAAUUUGAUGAUGUAGCAAAAACAGCAAAACUUAGCUUAAGAGCCGAAGAAAUAUUAAAAGUUUUAAAUGAAAAAGAGCUGAAAGAUCCGUCAAAUGUUAAAUCGUUAUGGCGACCAGAAUAUGGUGCAUAUAUGAUUGAAGGGACACCAGGGAAACCAUAUGGAGGUUUAUUAGCACAUUUUAAUGUUGUAGAAGCAAACAUGCGUUAUCGUAGACAGGAAGCAACAAAAUUAUUGAAACAUGGAGAAGUACUAAUGUCACUGACCAAUUUUCCAAGGCUAGGAGCAUCAGAUUUUACAGAUCCUCCGGUUGUACCUACUCCAAAUGAUGGAGCCUCCAGAAGCUUGUUUUUUCCAGAUGAAGCAAUAUACCCAGGACACCCACGUUUUAAAACAUUGACAAAAAAUAUUAGAGAACGUCGUGGAGAGAAAGUUGCUAUAAACAUUCCUAUUUACAAAGAUAUAAAUGUUCCUUCUCCGUUUAAAGAAGAUCUAAUAAGUCAAGGAGACGAUGGAUCCAGUGGUAAAGCUGCGAAAAUAGAUCAUGUUUAUAUGGAUGCUAUGGGUUUUGGAAUGGGAUGUUGUUGUUUACAACUUACUUUUCAAGCUUGUAAUAUAGAUGAAGGUCGAACAUUGUAUGAUCAACUUACACCAUUGUGUCCAAUCAUGUUGGCUUUAACUGCUGCUAGCCCAUUUUAUCGUGGAUAUGUGACAGAUGUUGAUUGUCGAUGGAAUGUAAUUUCCUGCUCAGUCGACUGUAGAACGCAAGAAGAACGUGGAUUGAAACCUUUGGAAGAAAAUCAAUUCAGAAUUCACAAAUCUAGAUAUGAUUCCAUUGAUUCAUACCUCAGUGAACAAGGAGAUAAAUAUAAUGAUGUUCCACUGAUAUAUGACACUGAAAUAUACAAGCAAUUACUAGAUAAUGGAAUUGAUAGAUUACUUGCUCAACAUAUAGCUCAUUUAUUUAUCAGAGAUUCUGUAUCUUUGUUUUCUGAAAAAAUACAUCAGAAUGAUUUGGAAGAUACCGAUCAUUUUGAAAAUAUUCAAUCGACCAAUUGGCAAACAAUGCGAUUCAAACCACCACCUCCAUAUUCUUCUAUAGGAUGGCGAGUUGAAUUUCGGCCAUGUGAAGUACAAAUUACAGAUUUCGAAAAUGCAGCUAUUGUUUGUUUUAUUGUACUUCUGACAAGAGUUAUACUCAGUUACAAAUUAAAUUUACUUAUACCAAUUAGUAAGGUUGAUCAAAACAUGGCUAAAGCACAAAAAAGAAAUGCUGUUAAAAAUGAAAAGUUUUGGUUUCGUAAAGAUAUUACAUCAAAUACUGUAAAGAAAGAUAAUACAGAAGAGGAGUAUGAUGAAUUUACCAUUAAUGAAAUUAUUAAUGGCAAGAAUGGCGUUUUUCCUGGAUUAAUACCAUUGGUUAAUUCUUAUCUUGCUAAUAUGGAUGUGGAUGCAGAUACACAUUGUACAGUACAAAGAUACAUGAAAUUAAUUCAAAGACGUGCAUCUGGUGAACUCCUAACAACAGCUGCAUGGCUUAGAAAAGAAGUAAUCUCACAUCCAGAAUACAAACAUGAUUCUGUCAUAACACAACGUAUCAACUACGACUUAAUGAAAAAGAUAGAUAGUAUCGUAUCCAAUGAAGUUUCUUGCCCAGAAUUACUUGGACCAUGCAUAGCAUCUAAAACAACCGAAACAAUACCACCAGCUGUUGCUAAAGCAGAAAAGUGCCGAGACAUGGAUUGUUAAUGAUAGUAUUUUUACUAUGACCCAAUUUUUUGCAGUGGUGCUGAAUAAAUAUAGUAAAAUAAGAUUUUUUAAAUGAACAUAAAUUUUCAAGAAUUCUUAUAACGAUUAGUUAUGUGGCAGAAUGUUGAAUGUUCAAUAAAAAGUAUUUGUUACACAACUUGUUACACAAAUACGAUUGGAAAUCCUGUAAA